AUGGCUAAAACUACUGCGAGGGGAGUUAUUAAAUCGUUACGGGAAACGUUUGCUCGUUUUGGGCUGCCUUUAGAAGUAGUUUCGGACAACGGUCCUCCGUUCACGUCUAAGGAGUACGCACAUUUUAUGGAAAUUAACGGCAUCAAAAUGACAUUUACGCCAGCUUACCACCCAGCCUCCAAUGGCGCUGCGGAGAAUGCGGUUAAGUUAUGUAAGCGAGCUAUUAAAAAGGCACUUCGAGAUGGUUGUGAUGUGGAUGAAGCUCUUCAAGCAUAUCUCAUGAUGUACAGGAACGUUGAGCAUAGUUCUACAGGGUCAGCCCCAGCUAUGCUGUUACAACGUAGACGACUACGAUCGAGGCUAGACUUGUUAAGGGGUACUCGGCAGGUCGAGUCUAGGGUACAGCAAGCUCAAGAUAAACAAGUGUUGAACGCGGGAGGGAAACCUAGAGAACUUAACGUGGGCGAUUCAGUGUGGGCGCGAGAUCACGCCGGGGGAAGCUGGUUAAGUGGUCAGGUUAAGGAGAAAGUAGGUUCCCGGAAUUUUAUUAUAGCUAGGGAAAGUGGUCCACAACUAAAAAGACAUUUAGAUCAGAUUAAAAGACGGCGUAGCAGUUAUACAGUGACCCUGUCGGAUGUGUCGGAGACGGCGGCAGGCGAGGAAUCCGCGGUUAAUGACACGGAGGCGACUCAGGGUUCGCGCGCGCCGGAACCUGUGGUUCAACCCGAUCUUAAGGAACCACCCCAGCUAUCUGUAGAGACUGUAUCCCUGAACACAGGACCCAGUCACACGGAAUGUAAUGAGUCCCCUUUGGGCCGACCCAAGCGCAUUCGUAAGGCCGUGCAAAGAUAUGGCUUCGAGUUUGAUUAA